ACCUGCCUGACUGCCCCGGACAGGACCUGUGCCGACAACGCAUGCAAGGAAAGACUUCGGAGAGACCGGAACCCCUUCACGCAGCCUCCCGCAUCGGUAGUGUGUCUGAGACCCAGGUCCGCAGCCCUUCCAGCCGCAGCAGCACCUCCUCCUGGAGUGAAGAACCUGCGGCCACCAACAUGGACAUCUCCACUGGACACAUCGUACUGUCCUACAUGGAAGACCACCUCAAGAACCAGGACCGGCUGGACCGUGAGUGGGAAGCGGUCAGUGGCUACGUGGCUGACCCGUCCAGCACAAAAGUGGCCAAUGACCCCUCCAAUAUGCGCAAGAACAGAUUCGCCGACAUUCUGCCCUGUGAGUACAACCCCCUACCACAUUCUUGUGAAUAAAAUCGUUCGUUAUUU